AUGCCGCCAUUAGCCAAUGUUAAAUUAAAUCAUAUCACUGACCUCGAUAUUCUCGGAGAGUUUCUUACACGAGCUACGGAAGAAGUCCGAAAAGAAGUUAUUCCUAGUGUUGGUUUACGCCUUCUAUUAAAUAAAAAAUACCCUGAACAUGUGUUGAAUGACCACCCUGUUGGCAAGGAACUGCUGUUGAUCGCCAGCAAGAAAGACAUCUCUUUGGAAGCUGUAUGGAUAUCUCAUCUCUGUGAAAUUAUAGUCAUUUACUGCUUACAAAAAAACUUAACUCUUAUUAACGAAGAUUUUGAAGAAUUAGCUGAGAAAAUAGUUAAUUUGUUUCCAGCAGAGUGUAUUCAAACUUUUUACGUACCUCCAGUAAAAAAAAAGAAUUCUUUACGCCAAGUUAGUCAGAUUUCUAAAGGGAAAUUGGUAGAUAAAUACCGAAAUACUUUGACAACCAUUAGAAGUUUGCGAAAAGUCGCCGAUGUUUCCAAUGACUGUAUGGAAUUAGAUGAAAAUCAGGACAACAGUCAAGAUCCUGCGCUGGAGAGUAAGAAAUGGUUAAAACAUCAUCGCGAUGAAGUUCAGGUGAUACUUCAUUGGAAAUCGUCUUAUCAGUUACGAAGAACUGAAGUUUUAUCAAACAAAUAUUUAAGUGCGACUGAUAUUCUGAAUGAUUGGCCUAUGUUAAAGGAGUUUGUAUGCGCUGAAUUGAUAAAUACAGAUUUUGAGCAAACUUAUACUUGUCAAGUUGGAAAUUUUAAUGAGUGUUGGAAUAACACUUUCCUUCAACUGAAGAAGUUUUUUUUUAAUAAAUAA